UCAUAACCCAUCUUAUGACUCUGUUGUCAAGCUGAAUCAUUGAUCAACACGUUCGCUUUGUUAAAUAUUCAUCGCUUUACGAAGCCUACACAUAUGCAUCGCCAGGCACUAUCAUGAAUCCUUGUGCGCCAACAUUUAUCCCGGUUGAACCUUCGGGAGAUGAGUUCUCUUCUAAUGAAGAUGGGUCUUCUACUCCGUCUUCCAUGGAAGCACGACAUCCAGAUCAAGAUGUGCGCUCACCUCGAGCACGACCCCGAGGUAGAACAAUUCCUUCCAUUACCAUCGACCCCGAAGGAUAUGAAUCCAUGUUCCCUGCUCUUCGAACUGUGAACAAGGUUGAUCCUCUCAAGAUUCGGAGUCCGAAAAUGAAAAGGAAACAGCGAAGCAGGCGCCAGAUGUCCAGAGGCAAAGACGGCCGGGUCCAGUCUUCAAACUCGGUCAACGAUGAACAGUUGAGCAUAGGGCAUCAGUUCUCACAGUCCUCUGAUGAUGAGGAAGAGGGCAGUAAUGAGCCUCCCCUGGAAUAUCUGAAACCGACAGUUUACACUCCGAGGAAGUCACUUGAAUUCCUCAAACCCGACGUUUAUACACCUCCGGCCUCAUCUCACAACUCUUUCAGUCGCCCUAGAACCAGGGCAAGCAUGCGGGCGACUGACGCCAGAGCGAGAACCAGGUCUCCUAGGCGGGCAUGGAGGCCCCCAACUCCCCAUCCAGACGGUAGACCGCGAGGCUCCAGAUUACGAUGUGCACCUACGCCAAACCAGAGAAUUAUGUCAUCGGUUGGGUAUCCAGUUCCUCUGGUUUUCCCAAAUCCCACUUACAGCCACUUUCCAUCAGAACCUCCCCAUCCAAUGAUGCAUCAUCCGAUCAACUAUGCGCCACGUAUGGGGCCAUCUCUGGUGCCGCCUAUGAUGCCAUACUCGCCUCUACCAUGGCCUAUUGCCCCGGUCCCGUGGUCGGCCCAUUUGGCUCAACCAGAGAUGAUGAUGGACUAUCCGGCGUACUAUGAUAGCCAUUAUGAACAAAUGGAUUGGCCUUCAUUUGAGGGAGAGAGUGGGAUGUAUUAUGCACCGCAGCCACCACCAACCCUGCCGCCACAGCAUUUCAUUUAUUAUCAGCCAGAGUCACAUAUGCGACCACAAAUGCUGCCUCAUAGUCAAUACCGAAUGCAUUUGCAGCCUCCAGAAAGGUCUGGAUUGUAUCCAACUUCCCAGGGCAGUGAUUCACAGAGUGACUCGAGGAGUCAGCACACGGAAAGCCAGCAUGAGAAAAGGGCCAGUACCUCUAGUUCCGCCAAGGAAAGCAACUCUAGCUCCGGAGCAGCUACCAAUGUGUCCGAUACUACAACCCCUUUGAGAAUUCAAGUCGAUAUGAUCAAGGAUCAAAGCGGAGGGGCACAGCCGGGGUCAAAGCACAACAAUGACGACUCGACGCAAGAAGAAGUCAAGAAAGAGCUUCGCAAGGCGGCUGACUAUAGUAAGACCAAAGGGUUCAUCCCAACUCGACAGGCACAAAAUUCACAAGAUUCUCCUCGCCUUGUGAGAGGUGCGAAGAUCAACCUCAAGCGAGAGACUGCACCCCAAGAGGAGAACAAAGCUCGAGAGACGCAUAAACUGGUCGAUCCGCUCCAAAAUGCACCCAGAGGCCCAUCUUCCGCGCGCCAACUUCCUCAGACGUUCAGUUCUACCGUGAAACAGGCUUUAAAUUUGAACGGGCCUGAGUCGGGUUCAUGGUCUCAAUCCAAAAGAUGGACAAGCUUUGCUACAAAGGAACGGCAGGCGUUUCAGAAGACGAUGGCCAAUUUGCGUUACAUGAGCGCCGACCAGUCUCCAUUUGUUCCUCAGAGCCCAGUAGAGCUGACAGCUUUCAAGGCAAAUCUGGCAGAAUCAAAGACAAGGAAGCUCGAUCAAGAGGUUAAGCAACGCCUGGCAAGGACGAAUGCGAGCGUUGAUGAAGGCGUGGAGACUCAAGUCAAACCUAUGAUGAAGCUGCUCCGUGGGAAGAAAUUUAAAGAUUGUCUUUCCCCUGUGUUCGCAGCUAGCGAUUGCUUCAACACAUCACGGAACCAGCCGCCGUAUGACGCUGGAUGGCCAACCCUCACCGAACUCAAAGAAGAGGGGGAUAAACGCUCCAGUCGACAGGGCCGGUGCCUGCCUCUCCCAAGGCUGGAUCUCGUUUCUCGCAGACUAUCUUCGGAAAUAUCUGAGGCUUGCAGCUCUGAUGGGGCAGUCCGCAACGACAAGAGAACUGUUCAAGUUGGAUCCCGUUAUCUUUGUCCUGUGACACCAGAAGAGCCUUCUAUUACCCCACCGAUCGAGCUGCAAUCAGAAGAAGUCCCUCUCAUCCUCGCUACACUUCUUCAAUCCAUAAAUGCAGCCGAAGAUGAUGCGAAAAGGACGGAAGAGGACAACGAGAAGACGAUUGGACAGGAGCAUGAGGAGAAGGUCGAGGAGAAAGGAGCAAGCCAUGCUGAUUUUCAUGAUUUUUGGCAAGCCCUAACCUGCCGCACUUGCCAAACCCUCCACCCACCCACCCUUGAAUCCUCGUUCAGCCAAAAAGUUCUUCACGACCAUCCGCCAAUUCGAUUGCCUGAAACCGCAAUCAUGGGUAUCUCGCGUGACUCUCGACACAAGCGCUCCGCCUCCGGUGCCAAGCGUGCCUACUACCGGAAGAAGCGCGCUUUCGAGGCUGGUCGCCAGGGUGCCAACACCCGUAUUGGCCCCAAGCGCAUUCACACCGUCCGAACCCGAGGUGGUAACCACAAGUACCGUGCCCUCCGUCUCGACUCCGGCAACUUUGCCUGGGGCUCCGAGGGUCUGACCCGCAAGACCCGUGUCAUUGCCGUCGCCUAUCACCCUUCCAACAACGAGCUUGUCCGAACAAACACCCUCACCAAGAGCGCCGUUGUCCAGGUUGAUGCCGCUCCCUUCCGACAGUGGUACGAGGCCCACUACGGCCAGGCCAUCGGCCGAAGACGUCAGAAGGCUCAGGCUGCCAAGGAGGGCAAGACUGAGGAGGAGGUGAAGAAGUCUAACGCUGUUGAGAAGAAGCAGGCCGCCCGUCUGUCUUCCCGCGGCAAGGUCGAGAGCGCCAUCGAGAAGCAGUUCGAGGCUGGUCGACUCUACGCCGUUGUUUCCAGCCGACCCGGUCAGUCUGGCCGCGUUGAUGGUUACAUUCUGGAGGGUGAGGAGCUCGCUUUCUACCAGCGUAAGCUCCACAAGUAAACUUGUCAAAAAAAAGCCACAUAAAGAACGAAAUGUCGGCCCCUGGUAUGGUGUUCAAGGAUUUCUCGCUGUCUUGAUGGUUAGGACAAGAUGAGCUUAACAUAACGCAUCGGAAUGGGUCCUUAGGGAAUGAAAAUUUUUCUUGCGCUGA